AUGAAACUUAUCUGGAGAUUCAUACUUCUAGUGUACGUCACUACCUAUAUACUGAGUAUCCCAUGGAAUUUUCUUCUACAUAGAUUUAACAAAGAGGUACUGAACAAUUGGUUUAAUUCUUUAAUCAAUUCGAUUUUUGUUGAAGAUUAUGGAUAUGUUUGGUUUUCCCUUACUUUCCUUGCAUAUGGGAUGAAGCCAGACUUCCAGUUCAAAAUGGAUCAAAAUAACAUAAAACUCAUAAAAAUCUACGUACUGAACGUUGUUUUUGGAAUAUUCAUCAAUUACUGGUUCUUUGGUCCUUCUAUUGUCGAAAGAAUUGAUACUUAUAAAGGAGGAUACUGUGAAUUAGUUUCUAGAGCCUUAUCCCAUGGUAGUUGUAAUGCCCAAAGUGGUGUAUGGCAUAGUGUAUUUGAUGCUUCGGGUCAUUAUUAUUUGAUAAUAUCUAUGAGUUUACUUCUUUGGGAUCGUUAUUUGCAAGCAAUUGUUGAUGAUGAAGUAAUAAAUGAUAAUUCAAUAAUCAACCUUGAAGAAGGUUUCACCCUCCCUGAACCCAUAGACCCAAUGUUUAUCAAGUUCAGAAUAUUUUUGCAUAUAUUUACCAUACUGUUGAUAAGUAUUUGGUACUUUGAGUUCAUCAUUACAUCAUUAUUCUUCCAUACACCUUUUGAGAAAUUAGUGGGUUUAAUGUUUGGGAUGGUGGUACCACUUAUAGCACAUUUUUAUACAUCAGAGAAGCUGGAGACCCAUACAGAGAGCAGGAGAGAGGUUUCUGAAGGUGAAGGUAGAGGAGAGGAUAUUUCAGCUGAAAUCAGGGAACAAGAUGAACGAUGA